CUGUAUACCGUUUGGAAUGGAACUAGUAUUACCAGCAGUACUUGUCGACAAGUUUCGAUCAAAAACUCUAUUUGUUAUAAUUACAGGCAUGCACUACUCUACGAUCUUGACGUAACAUGCUUCGAGGCUUCGUCACACGUCGGUGGUCUCUGGAGAUACCGAGAAGAAGAGACCGAGUAUUCAUGCGUGAUGAAAACAACUGUGAUCAAUACUUCAAAGGAGAUGACAGCCUAUUCUGACUUCCCUCCGGAACCAACUGUAGCUAAUUUCAUGCACAACACUGAAAUGCACAGGUACCUGGUAUCAUACGCUGAGCAUUUCGACCUCAUAAAAUAUAUCAAGUUUAAUCACAAAGUCCUGAACAUAGAGCGAUCCCAAGGCUACGAAAAGAGUGGACAAUGGGAUGUCACCUAUAAAGACCAGUCGGGAUCGAAAAAGUCGGAUGUGUUCGACGCAGUGCUUUUGUGCUGUGGACAUCAUGCCAUCCCACGAAUGCCAACGCCAUGGCCUGGUCAGGAGAGCUUCAAAGGACGCAUCAUCCAUUCUCAUAGUUACAGAAGUCACGUAGGAUAUGAGGAUAAAGUGGUCGUCAUUGUUGGUGUUGGUAACUCCGGAGGUGAUGUGGCCGUCGAGCUGAGCAGAAUUGCUAAGCAGGUUUAUUUGGUUUCUCGACGAGGCACAUGGGUAACAAACCGAAUAUAUGAUUACGGCGAACCAGUCGACUUAGCAUUAAACAGGUAA